CUUGAUUUAAUGAUUCCAUAAUGAUUCGUACUCGCGCCGUGUUCAUACCGGAAGAUGUUGGCGGUGACACAGGAUGUCGCGGUAACCAACAACAAAAUAUCUCCGUUGCUACGGCAAUUUAACCCAAAUACUGAGACCAUAUUUAUGCUUAAAAGGAUUGAGAAGGAUUAAAAAGAUAUAAAUGAUGGACUGUAAGACCGUGGUAACAGAAAUUUCUGAACCUUGGGUAUGUAGGUAUAUCAAAGAUUAAACAUCUUGCUUGACUUAAAAGAAAUAAACAACAUAGAAAAGACAGUAUUACUUUUAAUGUUUUUAAGUCAAGUUUGUAAUGCGGCCUUAUAAGCAUCAGAGCAGUCAUGCGGCUCGAUUUCUCAAUCAAGCGCAGACAAACAGCUACAAAUUACAACUGGCAGCCUUAAAUUCACUUUUACCAGAGAGACAUGCCCAGAGACAGCUGGACUCACGGUUCCCUAAAGACGCUUCCCGAGAACUCUCUAUUGACUCAUUGAAGGUGACCAAUCUGCGGCAAGAAAGCAAGCGCACUGCUCACAGUGACAGAAGGGCCACACGGGUACCUGCGCUGGCAUUUGAGCUCGUGGGCUUGGAGCGAGCUUUUUUGCCCCCUCCUGCUGUUACCCCCCGCAGUUACCCGAGGCUGGCAGCGGACGCAGGCCCCCCAGCAUACAGAGCCAGGCCAGCCCAUGGAGCACACAGCGUGGGGUCCGUUUAUACCCCGAACAAAACCCUUCUCUCCCACCCCACAGGUGAUAUGGCACCUUUACUGGAGACCUCAGUUCCCAGUUUCCCCAAGACCCUCUGUUCCCAGGAUGACUGUUCCCACUACCCAGAGCGCCUGGACCUGGACAGGCGUGGCCUGGAGAGGUGCCCCCUAGUGGAAGGUGGGGAGAGGCUGCGUCUCCUCAACCUCCAGCACAACCUCAUCUCCCAGAUCCGGAACCUGUCGCACCUGCGGUGCCUCGUGAUCCUGGACAUGUAUGACAACCGUGUGGCCGAAAUGUCCGGCAUCUCUGCCCUCAGCUCUCUGCGGGUGCUCCUGCUGGGCAAUAACAGAAUCAAGAAGAUUUGCAGCUUGGAUAAUCUCAUGAAUUUGGAUGUUCUGGACUUGCAUGGGAACCAGAUCACGCUGAUCGAGAACGUCUCCCACCUGUCAGAGCUGCGCGUUUUAAACUUGGCAGGGAACUACAUCUCCAGGGUGGAGAACCUGCAGGGCCUGGACACCCUGACUGAACUCAACUUGCGGCGGAACUGCAUCUCCAGCGUGACGGAGUUGGACCGCCUACCUUCCCUGCAGCGGCUGUUCCUCAGCUGCAACCGAAUCGCCAGUUUUGAUGACCUGGCCUGCCUGAGCCGAUCCAGCUCCCUCGCUGAGCUUGCCCUGGACGGGAACCCGGUGACGCAGGAGGCCUGUUACAAGCAGACUGCACUGAGAUGCCUGCUUCACCUGAGACAGCUGGACAUGAAGCGCGUCACGGAUGAGGACAGGCGCUUGGCCUGUUUCUUGGCCCGGAAAGAUGAGGAAAGAAAGCGAGAGAGUCUCAGGCUGGCUGUACAAAAGAUGAAAGGAAGAGACGGAGAGACAGGGAACUGUUCGCUGCUGGGCAGCGUUUCGGUUAGACACACAGAAUAUGAUUUAGCCGUAACUAAAAGUCCAGCGGAGGAAGGAUGCUGCUGCUAUAGUUACCGAUCAGCCACAGUCAAGACAGCCUCAGGAAAGCAGGAGGAGAAACGGCGCCUGGCCGUCCAGAAUGCUGCCCGAAACUGGGAGGACCUCAAGGCUGGGACUAGGGAGGUCUGCCCAGAGAAGGCCAGCUCUGCACAGGACUGUGACCUUCGUCACCUGCAAGAACUUAGGUCCCUGGAGACCAGUGGUGGCACCACACAGAGUUUGUCACUGUCAGACAGACACCUGGCGGAGCUGAGCGGAGACACACUGCGGCUAUUUGGACUGGGAGCCCUGGACGCCCUGGAUCGAUCCUGGGCUGCCCAGAGUCCCGACUCCAUCACCACCAUUGCCUUCCGCUACAUCCCAUUCAACGCCAUUGUGCCGAUGCUUCCUCGAGUCCGGGUGAGGUUCCCCAACCUGUCGCACCUGAUUUUCCUGGAGACAGACAUCAGCCGGUUCCCACAGCUAGGUGCCCUAGCUAAGCUAAGGCGCUUGAAUCAGCUGACCAUCCACCCUGAAGGCAAUCCGGUACUCAGGCUGAUGCUGUGGCGUUCAUUCCUCAUAUAUCGCCUCCAUCAUCUCAACCUGCAAAAGGUCAAUAGUAGGGAGGUGACCAUGGAAGACAAGGUUUCUGCAGAGAGGCUUUUUGGCACCUUGGGUCACGUCGCUGCCACUGAAACCCCCCGCUUCUGCCUUCUGCUGCUGUUAGGGGAGCCCAGGAAGCACCAGCUGCAGCUUCUCCUGGAGGGGCGUGGCCAGAGGGCGGGGCUUAGACCAGAGCUGCAUGAGGCCAGCAAGCUGCUAGGCGAAAGCCUGGGGAAGACCCUGCUCAGCUACCCCUGCCUGGACAGCCCUGUCGAGGGCACAGAGGAGGGUGCUGUGGAGUCAGGGGAGAAGACUGCGAUAGCCCGGCAGUACCUGCGUGAGCUGGUCCAUAGGGUGUCUGAAACCAGCCUGAAGGGUGAUUCUCUGCAGAGGCUGUGGCCCUCCCUCUUAAGGGAGAUGGUGCAGGAUUGUGUGAUUAAGAUGAAGAACCUCCCUGCUUAUCAGCAAGCUUGCCUCAGCAGACUUUCUCAUGGCCAAUGAGCAGAGACGACCAACAUCUUCAGCGUAGAUCAUACUCUUUAACCACACCUCCAAUCCAUCCACCUCCAACUGGACCAGUUCUUCUAAAAUAUAUUAUCUGUUUGCUAAAAUGGAUCAUCUCACCCAACUUUACUUAACAGGCUGAUGAAUUUGACAAUUGCUGAACUGCAUACAUUAGCAAUAGCAAUAGUUUCUUAUUUUGGAUACUUCAUAUGAAAAUAAGUACAGUAUAUAUGGGAUCGGGUGUAUUCUUCUAGGGACAGCAGAAACACUGCAGAAUCCAAUUCUCAUAAUUCAUUAGAAUUUAUUUCUCAGAACCUCCUUCCGCAGUACAAAAGUAUAAACAUUUUAGUUGGCUUGAAAAUAAUACUAUAUAUCCCCAAAAUGUACAAAAAUAUACAUACCCAUGAAUUAAAUGACUCUGUCUGCAAUCUUUAAUAA